CACACCUGCACCCCCACCACAGUCCUCACUCUCUGAGCCGGCUCCCCAACCAUGAGGCUGCCCCUGGCGCUGCUGCUGCUGCUGUUGCGGGUCGGGGCCAGCUCAGGAGACCUCAGGCUCCCCCUCACAGCCACGGCCCCACAGCUGAACGAUGAGGAGAAGUUCUCGGCUCACAUGCCCUUCCACCUGCGCUGUGAUGCCUGCAGGGCGGUGGCCUACCAGAUGUGGCAACACCUGGCAAAUGCAGAAGCCAAGCUGCAGAGUCCGGGCACCAGGGGCCGGCUGGAGCUGAGCGAGUCAGAGUAUACAGAUGUCCUGGACCGGUGCUGUGCCCAGCCCUGGCAGGACUAUGGAGUCCGAGAAGUGAAUCAGGUGAAACGACUCAUAGGUCCGGGACUUAACAAGGACCCGGAGCCGAGAAUCAGCGUGAUUGUCAAGGGGGGGCUCUGGCCCGUCAGGCUCUCCAGGAUCUGCUUGCACUACGUGGGUGAGUUCGGAGAAGAUCAGAUCUACGAAGUCCAUCGACAGGGCCAAGGGACUCUGGAAGCACUGCUGUGUGGACAGCCCCGGGGGCCCUGCUCGGAGGAGGUGCUGGAGGAGGUGCUGGAGGAAGAGCUGCCCCCAAGGGACGAACUCUAGCCCUGCUCCACCACUACCCUCUUCCCUGCCAGCCCCUGGAGACCGCAGGAUCUGCCCCACUCACCUCUGCAGCCCCCCUCCCAGGGCAGGGGGCUUUA